AUGAAGGAUUUCCAUGAAUGUAUUGAUCUAUGUGGUCUUAUGCAAGCUCCUAAGAGUGGUCUGGAGUUUUCUUGGUGUCAUGGUAGAGCAAGUAAUAAGAGAAUCCUCUGCAAUCUGGAUAGAGGCCUCUUCAACCUAAAAUGGCUUGAUAAAUUUGGUGGCUGGCAUUAUCAUGUUGGGGCUAGAGGUAUAUCUGACCACAACCCUCUCAUUGGUUCUGAUACUGUUAUUGUUAGAGCUCUUAAUACACCCUUCAGAUUUCAGAAAAUGUGGCUUUCACAUCCUAAUUUUCUCCAGCUAGUGAUUGAUUCUUGGAAUGAAGAGAUUUUUGGUAAUCCUAUUUUUGUGUUCAUGAAUAAAUUGAAAAGACUCAAAAAAAUUCUUAGAACUUGGAAUUGGGAAGUGUUUGGAGAUGUCAAAAUGAAUCUCAAAAGAGUUGAAGACAAGAUUAUAGAAGAAACCUUGAAGUCAGACAAUGAUCCUGCAAAUAUUACUCUCUUGAAUAAUCUAGUUAUAGCUAGGGGAAAUUAUGAUAUUUCUGCCAACAAUUACAACACUUUCUUAAGAGAAAAAGCUAGACUUAACUGGAUAAAAGAUGUUCCUAGAAUUUUAACUGAUGGUGACAACUCUUUUUUGGAAGCUUAUCCUGAUGAAGCUGAAAUAAGGAAUGCUACUUUUGAUCUAAAUCAGGAUGGAGCUCCAGGGCCUGAUGGUUUCACGGAUGUUUUUUAUAAAGCAACUUGGGACAUCAUUAAAAGUAAUCUGGUGCAAGCUAUUCAAUAUUGUUGGCAGAACAACAUAAUCCCUAGUGGUAUGAAUUCCAACUUUAUUGUUUUAAUCCCCAAGAUAAAAGGUGCUAAGAAUGCUAAACAUUUUAGACCUAUUGGUCUUAGUAACUUUUGUUUUAAGAUCAACACCAAGAUUAUUACUAUGAGGCUUAUUAAAUACAUGCAGCAAAUCGUUUCUCAACAACAAUGUGCUUUUAUUAAUUACAGAAGUAUUCAUGAACAAAUCCUGAUAGCUUCUGAAUUAGUUAAUGAAAUGCCAGUAUCUAGAAGGGGAGGGAAUUUAGCUCUUAAACUGGACAUCUCACAAGCUUAUGACACUAUGAGUUUGGAAUUUCUUUGUAGAGCUUUACAGAAAUUUGGUUUCUCCAUCAAAUUUUGUGAUUGGAUUAUGACUCUGCUGAAAUCUUCUAAGAUCUCUAUUAUGUUGAAUGGUGGACCAAAUGGCUACUUUGGUGUUGGUAGAGGGCUUAAACAGGGAGACCCGUUAUCUCCAAUUCUGUUCAUUAUUGCUGAAGACAUUCUUAGCAGAAAACAUCCACAAAAUGAGAAUCUGAAAGCCUUACUUAUUGAAUAUCAAGCUGCAACAUGUCAAAUAGUGAAUGCUGCCAAGAGUAAAUGUUUUGUUAAUGGAACCUCUCUUACUAGGAGAAGAUUGAUUGAUGACUUCUUCCAAAUGAAUUUAUCUUCUUUUCCUGACAAAUACUUAGGUGUUCUACUGGUGCAAGGCAAAGUGAAAGAAAUACACCUCUGGCACAUGAUGGAAUAUAUGCAACUUAGACUUGCUGCUUGGAGUGGAAAAUUGCUAAAUUUUCAGCCUAAAAGAGUAAUUGAUGCUUGUGAAAAAAUUAUUAGAAAUUACUUAUGGUCUGGUAAUGUUGAAGAUCAAAAAUGUGUUACUGUCAAGUGGGAUAAUAUAUGUGUUUCAAAAGAGGAGGGUGGUCUUGGAAUCAGUAAAAUGGAAGAUGUUAAUAAAGCUCUGCUAAUGAAAUUCUUGUGGAAAAUGCUUCACUCCAAAGAUGUCUGGGAAAAGAAAUUUCUGGCUAAAUACAUGGAUAAAAAUGGGAAUUGGAUUACUUACUAUAAAAGAUCUUCAGUGUGGCCUGGAAUCAAAUGGGUUAUUAAUGACUUCAAGGAGAAUACUAGGUGGAUUGUGGGUACAGGUGAAAACAUUUCCUUAUGGAAUGACAAAUGGAUUUUUGAAGAGCCACCAUGUAAACUUUUUCCUUCUCAUCCAUACAUUGCAGCUCAUCCCCAUUUGAAGGUAAAAGAUCUUAUCAUUAAUAGUCAGUGGCAUUUCCAUACGGUCUUUCUUCAAUUCUUCACUAGUGAUCAACUUCCAGUAAUUAAGGGUGGUGAGGAUAUAUUGAUUUGGUGUAACUCUCAUACUGGACAAUUCACUGUUUCUGAUGCUAUAAAGAAGAUAAGUAAUACUUUUCCUAAGCUUCAUUGGUACAAGAAAAUAUGGAAUCUUGCUGUUCUUCCUUCUACUUCUGCUAAUGUGUGGAAGAUUACAAGAGAUGCUUGUGCCACUGAUGAAAACUUGAGAAAAAAAGGUUUCAAAUCUGCCUUCAGAUGUUAUCUGUGCUAUAAUGGAGAAGAUUUUAUGGAUCAUAUUCUUCGGCACUGUAAACUCAGUCAAAUUAUUUGGUCUUGGCUUGGAGGUAUUUUUCACUAUCUCAAUCCUUUAUCUUUUGAAGAUGUUCUAAAACUGUGCAAAAAUUCCAGUCCUAUAAUUAAAGAGUUAUGGAUCAUCAGUGCUUUUACUCUCAUGGUUGAACUAUGGUUUAUGAGGAAUGAUAAAUUCUAUAAUGAGGUGAAGCCUAGUGCUAAUAAGAUUCAAAUUAAGAUUCAGAGAGUGGUCCAUGAUUGUAAUUGUAGGCUUAAAGGAACAAUAUGGAAUUCUGCUCAUGAGAGACAUGUUUUACAGUUCUUCCAAAUUCACAAUAGAAGAAUAAAGAGGAUAAGAAUCAUUGAACUUUUCUUCCAAAUUCCUCAAGAGGGUGAAUUGCUCAUAUGUUGUGAUGGUGCAUCCAUUGGAAAUCCUGGAAUGCCUGCCUAUGGUUUUGUUAUUAGAGACCAUAUGUGUGCUUUCAUUUUUGCAGAAUCUAGAGGUCUGGGGGUUGCUUCCAAUUAUGUAGCUGAAUUCUUUGCAAGCAUCAGAGGCCUAGAAUGGGCUUCAAACAACUAG